UUUUCCUCGUCAAAAUCCAAAUUUAUAGCUGUCUGCCUGUCCCCUUCUAACGCAAAUAAACCCCCUCUCCUCACUUCUCUCCCCCCACAACUUCACUCUUCCUCCUUCAACUCUCUCUCUCUCUCUCACCCAAAUCACACACACACACUAUACUCCAUUUCUCCGACACUCGUUCCUCUUCUUCAAUUCACAUCCCAUUUUUUGUGUGUUACUGUGUGUUGCGUUGAUCAAGAAAAUUAUAAUUCCAAAAUGGAAACCACCAAUGCGGACUACUUCUACAGCGCCCAAUCCACAGCGGAGAAACGGCCCUCCGACGGGAAAAAUGGCGACCAUUUCAUCAUUGAAGACCUCCUCGACUUCCCUACCGACGACAACUUGGUGUCGGCCGUCGACACCGGCCUCAUGGCCGUGUCCUCCACCGACUCCUCCACCGUCACUGCGGUCGACACCUCAUGCAAUUCCUCCUUCUCCGCCGUCAGCACGGCUGAGCCGCAUUUCCACCCUGCCGACAUCGGCGGGCCCCGUUGCUCCGUCGGUGCCAACUUCUCCAGUGAACUCUGUGUCCCGUACGAUGAUUUGGCUGAGCUAGAAUGGCUGUCGAAUUUCGUGGAUGAAUCAUUUUCCAGUGAAGAUCUGCAGAAGCUGCAGCUGAUACAAGGAAUGAAGGCCCGAACCGACGAAGCUUCGGCCGAUUACCAAUAUCAAUUCCAGCCCGAAACCACCCAUCCGGGUCCCUUGCUUCCACCGGAGACGCCGGUCCCCGCCAAGGCCCGCAGCAAGCGCUCACGCACCGCUCCAGGGAACUGGACAUCACGCCUUCUCGUGGUGUCCCCAACGCCACCCGCCAUGUCAUCAUCGUCGGAAUCUGACGUCACCGCGGUGAAGAAGGCGGCCAAGCCGGGUGUGCAGAAGAAACGGGAAGGGCCCGAGACUGCAUCCCCUGGUGGGGAGGGGCGGAAGUGCCUCCAUUGCGCCACCGACAAGACGCCGCAGUGGCGGACAGGGCCCAUGGGCCCGAAGACCCUGUGCAAUGCGUGUGGCGUGAGGUACAAAUCAGGACGGCUUGUGCCCGAAUACCGGCCCGCAGCGAGCCCGACGUUUGUCCUGACGAAGCAUUCCAACUCACAUAGGAAAGUUCUUGAGCUGAGAAGGCAGAAGGAAAUGCUACGAGCCCAGCAGCAGCAGCAGCAACAAUUCCUGCACCACCAUCACCACCACCACCAUCAGGCCGUGAUGUUUGAUGUAUCAAACGGCGAUGAUUACUUGAUUCAUCAACAUAUCGGGCCCGAUUUUAGGCAGCUGAUUUAGGCAUGCAGCUAGCUAGCUAGUGACAAGGCAUUAUUGAUGGAGAUGUUUAGAGAUUUUUUCCUAAUUAAUUUUUAAUUUUUUUUUACAGAAUUAAUUUAUCUUAAUUAGGAACAUUAAUUCCAAACUCAUUGAGUUUUCGCAUUAUUUUUGUUGGACGAUUUUCAGGAUAAUUAAAAGAAAAAAGAAUUAGGGAAGAAGGAAAAAUAGAAGAUUUAUAGGAACAUUUGUUAGCUAGCUAGUGUCCUUUAUUACAGUUUAUUUAA